AUGCAGAUUAAGUUUGAGAAAACUUAUACUUACUAUUAGAUUUAUUAAGACAAGGAGACUUAAGAUAUCAUAUUGGUAGAAAUACCAGAUUCUCUGAAGAAUAACCAAGUAUUUCCUUUUUUUAUAUUUAUAGUAUGCUGUAUUUUAUUAGCUCUCUAAUAGUUACAUUAAAAUGGCAUAAUCCCUAGAGAUUUAAAGCCAGAAGAGCUUGUUUUCAAAAAUUGGAUUCUUAAGGUUAACUGA